UGAGGUUUAAUCUGAAUAGGGGUAGUGUACAAGUGGGUAAGCACUCUAGCCCCCAAAUCAAGAAUCCAAAUAGUUCAAGACCUAUGCCAUUCUAUUGGGUUGGCAUGAGAUUCGAAUUCAAAGGAGAAUACACUGUUUAAUUUAUAUCCCAUGUAACAAGCAUGAUAGUGCCUUUAUAUCUCGACGUUCCAGUUGGCCGGCUUUGGUCUCCGGCUAAAAGAAUCUCGCCGGCAGUUAUACAUAUCAAGGACCCUCCGCGGCAGCCAGGGCUUAAUUUGUAGGUCGACCUCUGAAUUUCGAUUUGAACAGAGUCUGGUCGUUUAUUUAAGAAGUCAGUAGGACCGGAUGCAGCAUGUAUCGCCACGUUCACUUUGGAACUCCACGCAAAGAAUCUCGCCAUGUUUCGGAGCUCUCUCAUCGUCGGCGCCCUUUUGGGGCAGCAUGUCUCUGCGCAAAACAUGCUUCGCUUUGGCUGCUCACAGCUCACCAUCGAACGCGCUGACCCUCUGGUCUCUCCUGGCCAAAACCCUGCCCCCCACACACAUCAGAUCAUCGGAGGGAAUUCGUUCAACCUUACGAUGACACCAGCUGAAUACGACCCGCCCAGCUUGUCUACCUGCACGACUUGCACCUACUCAGAGGACUUCAGCAACUAUUGGACCGCAUCGUUGUACUUCAAGUCUCCCGAAAACGGUACCUUCCAGCGCGUCCCCCAGUUUGCCAACUUCGGCCUCCAGCAGGACGGAGGCAUGACGGUGUACUACAUGCCUUACAGCGCCAAAAACGGCAAGAUGACGGCAUUCAAGCCCGGUUUCCGAAUGAUCGCGGGAGACCCCACGAACAAGCAAAACAUAUACAAGCCCUCGAUCUGCCACCGCUGCCUCGGAAACGGCGAGGGCUUCGCUCCGUGCGAUGCUAAAGACACGGCAGAGCUCCCGACUAAGUACUGCCCGGGAGGCAUCCGCGCUACCGUCAUCUUUCCGUCCUGCUGGGAUGGGAAGAACCUCGAUUCGCCGGACCACAAGACGCACGUCGCCUAUUCCAAUGGCGGUGGCCUUGGUAGCCCGAACUGCCCUUCUACGCAUCCCGUUGCUAUUCCUCAGGUUAUGUACGAAGUCAUGUGGGACACCGGAAGGUAUAGCAACACUGCUUGGUACGGAAGCGGCAAGCAGCCUUUCGUCUACAGCUUCGGCGACUCCACCGGAUAUGGCCAGCACGGCGAUUACCUUUUUGGAUGGAAGGAUGAUGCUUUGCAAAGGGCCAUGGACGCUUUGCCUACUGGGAACUGCGCCAAUGCUAACUGCGGCGUUCUCAAGAUACAGCCCGCUGCGGAUGCUAUGAAGUGCAAGAAAGCUCAGCAGGUUGUUGAAGAUGUUGGAGAGGCAGGACAGUGGAUCAACGAGCUUCCAGGAGGUGUGGCGGUCUAUUAAUUAGGUAGAACAAACUAGUAUUGUAUUUCGAAGCGUAGUGCUUAUGUCCAUAUUAUAUAUUAGAAGCGGUAGCCCUCUCCAAAAAACCCGAAACAGCCAGAAUCAAUCUAUGCCAACUACCGGUGGUCUGUGACCUAGUU